AUGUCGGGGGGGGCGCCCGCCCUCGAAUACGACGUUUACCUCUUCAGCAACCACUCGGCCGCCAACGUGACCGUCUUCAUUCCGCCGACGCACAACUACCUGGACGACCGCAAGUCGCUCACCUACGCCGUCACCGAAGCCGUGUGGGGCCGCCAGGGCAGCUUUACGACAUCGCGUUUCGCCGUGCCGCGGGAGGGUGAGGCUGUGAGGCUCAAUGUCGGGGCUGGUGGGCUCUGGUUCUUUGUCGUCAUUGGGUGUCUGCCGUCUUUUGAUGCAAGGACUCGGAUACGCAAAGGCUUUGGAAAGGAACUAGAAUCGUCAAUUGACAUCACGGUCGGAUUGGUAUCAGUAGGCUCUUUAUCCAGACGGAACUGCGGGGGAAAAAAAUGA